AUGGCUGCCUGGGCGCACGGCGGCAGCUACGGCGACCGCGUCCGCUUCCUCAUGCUCUGCGUGGAGACGGGCGCGAGUGGCCUCCGCACGGCCAAGGCGUUUGGCAAGGAGUUUCGGCUGCCAGCGACGGUGGUGAACGGGUACAUUGAGAGCAAGUCGGAGCUGCCGCGCUUCGGCCAGCUCGGCUGCGGCGGCUUUGUGGUCCUCGGCCGCCACGGAGAGUUUGUCGCCGCGCGAACCGUGCCUUCGUAUCUGGACCGAGGCAGCUACCGCACCAGAGCUCCGCCCGAGCCGGCAUCGGAUCAGGCGAGUCUGGUGGCUGGAUGCCACCGCUCGAGAGGCGAUCUCGCCGGCACCGCGUCGCACGUGAAGCACCACCGCGCGCUCCUGGCGAGCAUGGACGCCGCCGUGCAGAGCUGCGAGGAGGGCGCCGAGUGCUCGCGGGGAGGCUGCUGUGCGCCCGGACUGGUCAGCGACGAAUCGGUGCGCCGCAUCCUCGGGGAGCUGCAGCAGCACGGCGACGUGUACGAUGCCGCCUACGUAGGCAGGCUCGGCUAGCGGCGCUCGAGGCCGACCCCUCCCCUUCCUUCCGACGCAACACAUGACCACUAGUCGGACAUCUCCCACUUUGCGGAGCCCGGCCGGUGUGAAGUCCUCACGGGGCCACAAAGCCCUAUGCCAACGCGUCGUUUCUCGUGUGGGGCUGGUUCGGAAAAAGUUUCGUUCUUAAAAUA